AGACUAUGCAAGCCCGCUUCUCAAAGCUUCGAAUUUGGAGCUGGUCACAAAGACCCAAUUCAUGCAACGGAGCACUGGUGCAAACUCUGCCGGUGCAGAUGCCGCGGCAUCUGCCGCGGUCGCUAGCGGCGCUCGCAUGAAGGAUGGCGCUGGGGCUUUUGUGUUGGACACCUUUGCGAUUUGGCUUUGUUGUUCGCGCUUGGACAUCUCCAUGGACCGCGGGGCGAUGCAAACCUUCAAAGCCAAAUUGGUCACGGAGACCCCAGCAGUGGACCGUGAGAAACCCUUGGCCUUCCACUUCAGCUGGGCGGACUUUCUUCCUUUACCUGAAGCUCAUUUGGAGAAUCCCCUUCCGAAGAAGCCCAGCCAGAGCUUGCAUGUGAUUCAGGAGAGCCGUGAAGAGAAAGAUGAGAAGGUGUUUCCUUCGAGCCGGAAGAUGCAAGUCAUCAUGAAGAAGCAAAGCUCCAUUCCCGACAAAGCAAGUUUGGUGGAUGGCCGGAGGAAGGAGCACGUCUUGCAAGAGUUGUGCUCUUUGCUGACCCAGGUGGUGCCACCGGUUCACUGUCUACGUGGCGCCCGAACGAUUCAUCUGGUGCAGGCACGUUCACACCUUUCAAAGCUGAACUUUCUGACCAAAGUCGUGAAGAUGGGAAAAUUCUUUGCAUUGCCCGAAGCGGAAACCAGAGUCAGCACCGUCAGCAUGGUCAUGGAUAGUUUGCCACCAGUCUUAGAAAGCCCCAACGCGGAUGACAAGGGCUUCUUCAAACACCGUCCCCGAGCACGUCCUACGUGCUUGGAGGCAUGGCCAGCUGCCCAGAUCAUGACGCAGAUUCGGAUGAAGAAGCAGCCUGCGCUCGUUGAUGGCAAAGAAAAGGCUUCUCAGGUGACUCCAGCGCUUCCUGUGCACGUGAAUCGACACUUGCAUGACUUGGUGGCGGAGGCGCUGGGCGACGUGGGGAGAGUGGCAGAGAGCCAGGGUCACAUGGAGAAGUUGGUCUACAUGGAGAAGUUACAGGACUGGGCGACCUCGACCUCGCGCGGCCACGCGACGGAUCUGCGGCUUUCGCUGCCGAGCUUGGCCGUGAGCGUCUUCCAAGGUCCAGCGUCGAGGUCAAAGAGCCUUCACCGUUGCUUCGCGGCGCAGCUGAAGUCGCCCACGACCUUGGUCCUGCCAGCGACCGCCAUGUCCGGCGCGCAGCUCUGCGGACGCUGGGCGAGUCGCGCCGAGCGCGCCGAGCGGCGGGCGGGCGCCGUGGGCGCCGUCGUUCGUGCAGAGACGACUGUGGAGGCGGGAGACUUGGGUUGGCGCAGCGACACGGCCGACGUGGUGGGCCUCGACCCUGAGAACAGGUUGACUCUGGUGGUCAUGGUCAUGGCGCUCUUCGGCAUCCUGACGGACGACGAUCGAACUGGUUCGGGGACACCGGGGCUGCAGAUUUUGCGCCCCCCACGGCAGGAAGAGCUCGAUUGUGUGCCAGAUGUGGGGAAGGUGCUCCUGAAGCUUCGACUUGAGGGCUCGAAAGACUCGAAGCUUUGCAAGUCCCGACUUGCUGGUCUUCGUUUCAGGGCAAGUGCUUCAGUGAAGAUGGACACCACUGGACCUCCGACCGCCUCGUGGGAAGUGAAGGGAGGCUUUCACCUCUCUGCCAGGUGGAUGGAAAGGGCCGAGGCUCCGAAACCGCGACUGCCGGAGCUCAAGUCGUUGAACAUCACCGUGGCUGGCUUGCCGCUUCUACGAGCUCUUCAUGACUUGACGGCCAAACGCAUCGGUGACAUGCCUGCCCGCAGCGGUGCCCGCAGUCCCAUGCCUUCCUUUCCGGCGCGACCCUUGAAGGGCAAAUUGCUGGCGACCGCAUUGGCGUUUCAUCUCUCUUCCGUCAAGUUGAACCAGACGAAAAGCUGGGCAGAUACCUCGACGGAGAGGUGGGUCGCAUGUGAGCCAAAACGGAGAAGGGCCGUCCAGGCGAUGAUCCAGAGCGUGUCCUUGGCGGUGACAGUGGUCAAGAGACACCAGCCGUUGGAGUAUGAAGUCUACAUGGAAAAACUGAUCUACCUGGAGAAACUGCAAGAAUUGGCCACCAUGAACUCGCGCACGACGGCUCUGCUCUGCGCGACGCUGAGCGUUCCGGUCGAGAUCGCGGCAGGGAUGGGCCUGAGCGUUCCAGUCGUUGUGAACAAGAUCUCCAAGGGCCAAAGGCCGGCAAAGCCUUCGAUCUUCCAUCCCUCCGCGGAUUUUGUGACGCUGAAGCAGCAUGCGCCAUUGGUCUUGAAGCGCUCCAGGCGACGCGUCAUUGGUGAACCUGUGACCGUGGCAGUGAAGGCAGUGAUUAGCGCCAUGGUCCCACCGAUCCAGGUGCAUGGAAAGGGCAAGAAGGUGGUUGAGAAGCCUCAAGCUCACCUUGAGAAGCUGGUGAACGUGCAGAAGUUCCAGGAGCUGUUGCCCUUUUGGGGCGCGGCGGCUUGGAGCUCCCGGGUGCCUCCCAUCGUGCCGGUGGCCCACGGGGCCGCGCACUUGGUCUCCGUGCGGAAGCAGCUGCGCGAGGCGCCGCGCCGCGGCCCCGGCCGCGCGCCACGGGACGAGCCCGCGGAGCCCGCGAAGCCCGCGGGCCACGAGUGCAGCGGCCAAGCGGAGGUGGGUGACGUGCAGGUUCAGCCUCCGAACUUCCCCGUGAAGGGACCAGAAGUCCUAGAGGUCAUGGCCAUGAGAACAGGAGUUCGACUCUUGCCGCUGACACUGGAUGUGGUCCAGAGCAUUUCUUUACCAGUGUCAGUGCCAGCCCAGAGACAGAAGCUAGUGGCAGCCGAUAGACAGAAGCUAGUGCCAGCCCAGAGACAGAAGCUAGCAGUGUCUGAAGUUCACAUGGAGAAGCUGAUCUACUCAGACCAGUUGCGGGAUUGGGCGACGAGCGCAACACGCACUGCCUGGAAUUCCAGGCUUUGUCCCACUCGGAUGGUUCCAGUCAGCUUCAACAUCUCCAAAGUCAAAGUGCAGGCUUCCCAAGCUUCAAUCGUUCACCCGAAGCUCAAGGAGCAGGCAGCGUUGGUCUUCCGAGGUGCCCGCGGCACCUGGGCCCUGCCGUCACGACGGGCUCGGUUGCUGCUUUCGGGAGCUCGGCCGAUGCCGCUGCCCUCUUCGGUCUUCGAUCGGCCGUUCCAUGCCGGCACCGUGUCCUUGAAGGUCGUCGAGACGGGUUUGAGCUCCUUCUUCCCCUCGGAGGGGGCAAAGAAGAUCGACGCGCGGAGGGAGCUGCGAGCGCUGGGAGCGCUGGGAGGCAGCUUCCGGACAGCCCUAGUCGGUGCGGAUCAGCCCGUGUGCGAGGCGGUCGGCGCGGUCAGCGCGGCGCAGGCCUUGGCCGCCCUGAAUGAUACCUGGCAGCCACCUCCAGUGAAAGACUCUCCAGAGGCGCCGCGCCUCGAGUGGCGCCCGGUCGAACAGAUCCGGACGCUGCGCGACGGCCGCAAGCGCUAUUCCCUGGGUGCAGAGCCGCGCCCUGCGGCUCGCGCGGCGCACGAUCCGAGCAGUUCGGUGCGGCGCGUGAACUGGCGGGAGAAGGCGAAGGAGCUGAAGUUGGCGAAGAAACGAGGUCAGUUGACCUUCGCUCUCUUCGGUGGAGGGGGCUAUUUCGAGAAGAAGCGCCGGAUGACAUUGCCCUGGGUCGAAGCGGUGUAUCCUCACCUGGGCCUCUCCACGCCCUGUGCGGGCGAGCAGAUGGCGAUGGUGUCGCCCUUCGCCUCGCAGCUGGUGGCUACCGGACCCAUUCUGGAGGAAGGCGAUGUGGGCGAGAUGGUCUUCAUCACCAUUUCCCACGGGGGGCACAUUGGCCUCAAUCUGGCCAUGUCGCUGGAGCGCGUCUGCCGCCCGAUUCGUGCUGUGGUGCUGUUUGAUUUCAUAAGCUCGGCACCCAGACAGAACAGCAGUGACCUGAUCACCUUGUAUCUGCCCGAAGGCGUGAGCAAACGACUUGACAUUUUGGUGGCUGGCAGCAUCACACAACCCCUCCCCACGCCCUUCUUCCAGAGCGAGCACCACAUCUUGCAGGUGGGUACCUGCUAUUGGCCCGAGGAGGCGCGCGUCGACCCGCUGCAGAACCGCAGCAGCGUGGCCGCCAACCUGCAGCUCUACUCCAGGUCGUUGGAGUUCUUCGAGAUGGACACGGACCACUUCGGGCCCUUCAACACCCAGUGGGACUUGUUCCGCCUCAUCGUGGGCACCGAGCGAAACGGCGAGUGACCAGUGACGAGAACUCGAGCAGAGACGCCGUCGCGUGGCGUGGCGUGGCGUGCGAUGCCAGCGAAUGCAGUGCCGAAGACGCACGAGACGAGAGACGCGAAGUGAACAGAGUGAGAAGCGCUUGUGAACCAGUCAGCGCAUGUCACCAGUCAUGCGCAUGUCACCUUCAAGUGACCGCGACCGCAGGGUGUUCGGUAGGGCGCCAGCACCGGCCAGGCGCCGGUGGAUCCCUUUGGAUUUAGGAGUCCCAGGCGGAAAGAGUCUACUGAGCUUCAUUGUAGCACACGAACAUGGCGAAUGGAUGGCGCUGCGAUGGGCCAAUCGAUGGCGCCUCCGGUGCCCCUGCGGCGAUGCCUAAUUGAAGUUAUUUCAGAUGCAUAGAUGCUCGUAGCCCGAGAACUCGAGGCUUCCUUGCCUUUGAGGCGUCGUCAGCGUCGUUGUCUGUC